AUGUGCUGCCUCACCCAUGUGCUGGCGCUGGUGCUGGGCGCUUCGUGGCAGGCGCUGCAUGGAGCUCCGCUGGCCGAGCUCUCGGGGGACCACGACUUCCAGCUCUUCCUGCACAAGAACCUGGAGUUCACCCGCAAGAUCAGGGGGGACGUGGCUGCACUGCAGCGCGCGGUGUGUGACACCUUCCAGCUGUGCACGGAGGAAGAGCUGCAGCUGGUGCAGCCGGAGCCUCCCCUCACGCAGGCACCGCUGGAUCAGUGCCACAAGCGCGGCUUCCAGGCGGAGGCGUGCUUCAGCCAGAUCCGCGCCGGGCUGCACGCGUACCAGGGCUCGCUGGGAGCCGUCCUGCAGCUGCUGCCCGAACACACGGCGCUGGUGGAGACGCUGCAGUUGGACGCCGCCAACCUCUCCACCAACAUCCAGCAGCAGAUGGAGGACCUGGGCCUGGACACGGUGACGCUCCCGGCCGAGCACCGCAGCCCCCCGCCCGCCUUCUCCACCGACUUCCAGCGGCAGGUCGGAGGAUUCUUCAUCCUGGCCAACUUCCAGCGCUUCCUGGAGACGGCGUACCGCGCGCUGCGGCACCUCGCCCGCCUCUGACGCCCGCCGCUCCCCCAAAGCCCCCCCAGCUUAUUUAAUAUUUAUGGCUAUUUAAUAUUUAUCCGGCCGGGGGGCCCCGCUGCCCCCCAGCCCCCACGCAGGGUGCCGGCCCUGCGCUGCCGUCCGUGCACGGGUCUCUGUGCGGCACCACCCAUGUUUAAUAUUUAAACACAAGCGUAUCUCUGCUACGAGGUUUGUGCCAGUGUCCCCGCGGGGAGCCUUCAUCCGCUCCGAGGAUGCUGGAGCAGCACCGUGUGGGUGCGGGGAUGGAGCUGCGGCGCCGCCGCUGCCGGCUCGUUUCUGGGAGCCGUUGGAUAAGCAGGGAGGGCAGCGCAGCCCGGGCCGGGGUCCCGCAGUCGGGGCUGAGGCUCCGCUCCGCCCGCCCCGAGCUCCUGUUUACGGCGGUGUAACUUUUUUGUGCCCCCGCACCCACGUUUGUAUCUCAGAAUCUCACCGCUGCUCCGAUCCUCCGAGCGGCGUUUUGUACUGUAUUUAUUCCUGCAGCUGGGUCAGCCCCAGAGCAGCGUGUGCUGUUUUUUAUACAUGUCAAAACGAUGGAAAUAAACUCUAUUUUGGCUCCAA